AUGAGCGACGCGAACAACGAUGGCUCCGACCAUUCUAAUCCCUCCAGCAUCAUCCACAUCAAAGAUCUCGCAGAGUUUAACGAAGAGCCGUCGCUCGUUGGAAAGACGCCUAUGCGCGAGUUUCGGCCCGGAGGCUGUCUAACCGUCACUGACAUUUGCCAGCCUGCUUGGUGCGAGAAGCAGUAUGCUAAGGACCUGGACACACGAAAGCGUGGCGAAUUCGUACCAGGCUCUCAACGCAGUCGGAACAGUGGUCCAGGUACUCAAACAGCAGGUCAACAAACACAGAGCUCGGGAACCCAAGUACCGGCCCGUGACUUUUCUCAGUCUCAGCGAGGAUCGGUUUUGACGCAAGGAGAAGGCUCGGCGACGUGGAAGUUCAAUAGACGCAUUCAGAACGUACAUUCUCGGCGCUUGCCUACGAGACAUCGCACGGCGACAGAUCCAGCCAGAAUCUCUGCGAGCUCUAACGAGGAGAAGCAGGCAAAGCUGGUGGUGUGCAUGAUUCAUUGCUUGGAGCAGCUCCGGAGAUUCCGAGAGAGUGAAGGCAUGCACGUCAUAUCCUUUCUUGGCACCGAGCUCGUAGCGGGAAGAGUACCCAAGCUCUCGCUUCGUAAGGAAGGCAUGAACUCCGUGAUCACUUUGAUCAUGAAACAGCCAUCUCCCAAACGCACAACAAUUCAAAGCACCGAGCGUCGCGUAGCUCUCCUGAAACUCGCAUGCUACCACCGCUUGCUUUCCGACAACCUCUCGCAAGGCUUCUCUUUCCAACCGAUCUGGAACAAGCUCGGCGUCCAAAGUGGCGAAGCUUUGAGUGAUGGUUUCGUUGAACAAGCCUCUGACUUUGUGCACCUCGAUUGCGAGCACGUUCCUUGCUUGAGCGAUUACGCUACCGAACUUUCUCGCCGACGCGAUGAGCUACAGAACGUCAUCAUCGAUCCGACCAUGAUCAUCUCGUACGAGCCCCGUGCAGGCACGACAGGACCAACCGAAAGGUUUAAAGUGGAUUACGCGACAGCGUCUGAGAGGCUGGAUGUACAUCUUCCGAGUGUCCUCGCUUGGUGGAGAGGUGAGCGCCAGUCAAAGGGCGUCGACGUGGAGGAUGCCUGGAAAUGCCGGCCUAAUGCGUGCAACUACGAGAAAGAUUGCUUGUGGCGCAGGACCAAUGGAGGCACUCGUGCAGAACCUUUGCCAGUGCGCGAAGAUUGA